AUGUCACUCUCAAAGUCUCUUCGAUCUCUCCCUGCUUCUACUAAGCAGGUCUACGACUAUGUGGUUGUUGGUGGCGGAAGUGCCGGCUGUGUAAUGGCCAAUCGUCUCUCAUCGAACCCCAACGUGCGAGUGGCAUUACUGGAGACAGGCUCAGAUGAUAACACACCGCUCAUCCGCAACCCCAGUGGGUUUUUCUGGACCGUUCCCUACAGUAAAAAGUACAACCAUCGAUACUGGACAACACCUCAGAAGAACUGUAAUGGUAGGAACAUGUUCCAGCCUCGUGGUCGCGGAGUCGGCGGCUCCUCUGCGAUUAACGCUAUGGUAUAUAUUCGCGGCUUGAAAUAUGACUUCACCAAGUUGUGGGCUGAGGAGAAUAAAUGCAACGGUUGGGAAUGGGAGAAUGUGCUACCCAUUUUCAAGGAAUUGGAGAAUAAUGAUACGCUCAAAAAUAACCCAUUCCACGGUAACGAAGGUCCUCUUCAUGUGCGGACACAGAAUCACAUUGGCCCAUACAGUAAGCGCAUUGUCAAAGCAGGCAACGAGUUGGGAUGGAAAACAACCGAUGACUUCAAUGGAGCAGACCAGUCUGGAAUAGGGUAUUAUCAGUACACACAGACCAAGGGCGGGCGCUGCAGCACUGGUGUUGCCUUUCUGACCCCAGAGGUCCGAGCUCGCCCAAAUUUGGAUGUUAUUGUUGAUGCUCAUACGACAAAGGUACUCACGGAAGGCAAACGGGCGACUGGAGUGCAUGCAGUGGUAUCAGGCAGCUCAGAUUCUGCUAACCCCGUAACAUUCGAAGCGAAAAAUGAAGUUGUCCUGUGCGGUGGUGCAUUUAACAGUCCACAGUUACUGAUGCUCUCAGGAAUUGGCCCUAAGGACCAGCUUACUAAGCACGGAAUUGAUGUGUACAUGAAUUGCCAGGAGUAG